AGUUCUGUACGCGCGACGAGCCGCAGUCGAGCCACCCUCGGAGGUCCUCGUCAUAUCCGCUUGUCGGUCGGUCACAGGGACGACGCGAACCGGCGACGAUGACGAGCCGUCUAUGACGGCAUCGGGUGACACCACGAUGAAGGCCCGACCAUUCCGCCGAUGAUCUAUUCGCGAACACGGCGACGGGGAAAACGCCCUCUGCCUUCACGGCGCGUUCCCUGCCUGACCUGACCUUUCGCUGGAGACAGAGAGAGAGAGAGAGAGAGAGAGAGAGAGAGAGAGAGAGAGAGAAAGGGUUGGGGGUGGGAGAGAGUACGAGAGGAGUCGAGCGAGAGGACUCGUGCUCGUGCGAACGCAGGACGUAGCACGCAGGACAACAUAGUGCCUAUUGUGCGAGACCGUUUGUCAACUACGGUAUACCUUCGCGGAACACCAUCGCCAUCGUCGCAGCUCGGCGACAUGGAGAAUACGGGGAAUCGGAGCAGUGUCGUCGAGAUGUCGCGGAAGAUCUCCGAGACAUGAAGAGAACGCGACCGAGGAUCGCAUGGGUUUCUUUAAGUCGGGGCCGGCGGUAGCAGAGCCGUGAUCAAAAUGAACUUGAUAAACAUGGACGCGGAGAACCGCGUGGUUCUGAACGUGGGCGGAAUCCGGCACGAGACGUACAAGGCAACCCUGAAGAAGAUCCCGGCGACGAGGCUCUCGAGACUGACCGAGGCCCUCGCCAACUAUGACCCGAUCCUCAAUGAGUACUUCUUUGACAGACACCCGGGUGUCUUCGCCCAGGUACUCAACUACUAUCGCACCGGGAAGCUGCACUACCCCACGGAUGUAUGCGGCCCGCUUUUCGAGGAAGAGCUCGAUUUCUGGGGUCUUGAUUCGAAUCAAGUCGAGCCUUGCUGUUGGAUGACCUACACGCAGCACCGGGAUACGCAGGAAACGCUGACGGUCCUCGACAGGUUGGACCUCGACACCGAGAGGCCCACCGAAGAGGAACUGGCCAGGAAAUUCGGUUUUGAGGAAGCAUACUACGAGGGAAGUCUCACGUGGUGGCAGAAGCUCAAACCUCAGAUGUGGUCACUUUUCGAUGAACCUUAUUCCUCCGUUGCAGCUAAGGUAAUCAGUAUAGUCUCCGUUUUCUUCAUCUGCGUUUCGAUACUUUCGUUUUGUUUAAAAACCCAUCCGGACAUGCGAGUGCCGGUGAUCGUGAAUCGUUCGGUAAAGACUGACAACGUGACGUCCUGGGUGGUAGACAAGACUCGCACCAAUGCCCAUGAUGUCUUCUUUUACAUCGAAUGCGUCUGUAACGCCUGGUUUACUCUAGAGUUCUUGAUACGUAUUACCGCGAGCCCGAAUCGUUGCGACUUCAUCAAGAGCUCGGUGAACCUAAUCGACAUGGUCGCGACCUUGAGUUUCUACGUCGACCUGGCGCUGCAGCGGUUUGCGGCUCACCUGGAGAACGCCGAUAUCCUCGAGUUCUUGAGCAUCAUACGCAUAAUGAGGUUGUUCAAGCUGACUCGCCACUCCUCGGGCCUGAAGAUCCUGAUACAGACCUUUCGCGCCUCGGCAAAGGAGCUCACGUUGCUGGUGUUCUUCCUCGUCCUCGGUAUUGUCAUCUUCGCUAGCCUUGUAUACUACGCGGAGCGCACCCAAUACAAUCCGAAGAACGACUUCAAGAGCAUACCCCUUGGUUUGUGGUGGGCCCUGGUGACGAUGACGACCGUCGGUUAUGGGGACAUGGUGCCGAAAACGUAUAUCGGGAUGUUCGUCGGCGCGCUCUGCGCAUUGGCCGGUGUCCUCACGAUCGCCCUGCCGGUGCCCGUGAUCGUUAGCAACUUUGCGAUGUAUUACAGUCACACGCAGGCGCGAGCCAAACUACCGAAGAAGAGACGCCGUGUAUUACCAGUCGAACAACCACGUGUGAGGGCACCCGGCGCGCCGCCCGGCGUGGCCGGCGGACCCGGGACCGUCGGGCCCCCGGGCUGCGGUCAGCAAAUGUCACAUUUGCAGUCCAGCGGGGGCACGGUUACCUCUGGGCCCCACGGCCUCAGCAUGGGUCAAACGCCCGGCGUCGGAUGCACUGGUGGCGGCCAAGGACCGCAGAACCGGAGAAUGAAUGCCAUUAAGACGAAUCAUCCGAAGGAUCCGUUCGCCACGAAAACAGAGGAAGACCGGAGGAAUUGUAACCUACGAACCAACGGGACCAAGAGAGCCGGAGGUUUGGAUUAACCAUUUGCGGUCGUAGCGUGCUCAGACAUGGGUAGAUACGUAUGAUUUCGAAUUAUACGACAGCGACGUCGCCGACGACGACAUCGAAGUAACCGCUGCAGUUCACCACUGUCGUCGAAUUGUCUCCAUUAUAUUAUCGCUAAUUUUCUUAUCGUUAUCAUUAUGAAUUACGAAUUAUAAUUAUUAUACACGACGUAUAUAUAUAGAUAUAUGCGAAAUAGCUUGUAUAAAAGAAAGACUAAUGCGAUCUUGACUUCUUCGGAGGCAAGAUGACGAGCGCACGUUUCUUCUAGAAGAGCAAUUCGAGGUGAUGUUGUCAUCGUCGACAUUAUUGUAUUAACGACAUUAUAAUUUAUUCUUGUAACGUCAUUACCGUUAUCGCUAAUGAUUGCCGUGAUUGUCGUCGGCGCCUUCCGCAGCGGAAGCUACCAUCGUACAUACAUUAUAUAUAAAUAAUCGUUCUACCGCUAAUCUCGCGUUUGGGAAAUCUCGACGUGAGAAAUCGGUGCCCCGUGAUUAAUACACUGCGUAUUGUAGCCGAUGAUCGUGACGGGUAAUCGAAUAAGAGAAAAAAAAGAAGCGGGACACAA